UGUGUUUUAAUGGCUCUGCUGGCUGCUUGCGGUGCAGCAGGCAGGUCCACGCGGUGAGGGGUGUGUCAUUAAUAAGUAAUUAGACAGGGGUCACAGCAGCCACUUAUAUAAAGAGACCCUCUCAGCCAGGCAGGGCAGCUUUACGCACAGAGCUUGGAGCAGGAGGACGCACCGAGGAGCUGUUCUCACUGUCCACUUCUUCUGUUUUUUUCUUUUUGUUGUAUAUUUAUCGCUCCACUUGCAGCAGCUCUUUUCACUCCGAGCUUUUCUUUUCGUUUCUUUUAUUUAUUUGAUUUUUUUUACAAACAUGGGCUCCGUGCUACCAGCCGACGCUUUGGCUCUCAAGUCUGGAUUUAAGUGUCCGAGCCGCUCGCUGUCAGACGUGAUCACCUCGGACAUCCUGCACAGCUUCUUGUACGGCAGGUGGAGGAACGUGUUGGGCGAACACCUGGCGGAGGAGAGGCAGAGCGGCUGCAGCCCCAAGACCGCCUUCACUGCCGAGGUGCUGGCUCAGUCCUUCGCUGGAGAGGUGCAGAAGUUGUCCAGUCUGGUGCUGCCCAGUGAAGUGAUCAUCGCCCAAAGCUCGAUCCCUGGAGAAGGUUUGGGGAUCUUCUCAAAGACUUGGAUCAAAGCAGGAACCGAGAUGGGCCCUUUCACUGGAAGAGUCCUGUCCCCUGAACACGUGGACUUGCUCAAGAAUAACAACCUCAUGUGGGAGGUGUUCAAUGAAGACGGCACGGUGCGCUACUUCAUCGAUGCCAGCCAGGAGGACCAGCGCAGCUGGAUGACUUACAUAAAGUGCGCCCGGAAUGAGCAGGAGCAGAACCUGGAGGUGGUGCAGAUCGGCAGCAGCAUCUUCUACAAGGCGGUGGAGACCAUCCCGCCAGACCAGGAGCUUCUAGUCUGGUAUGGAAACACUCACAACACAUUCCUGGGAAUCCCUGGAGUUCCAGGAACAGAUGAGGAGCAGCAGAAGAAAAGCAGGAAUGAAGAGCCCCACUCCUGCGAAGGCCCUUCCUCUUGCUCUCCUCCGUCCUCCAUCACAGCCGGUCGGAUGCGCUGCGUCAUUUGCCACCGCGGCUUCAACUCCCGCAGCAACCUGCGAUCCCACAUGCGCAUCCACACUCUGGACAAGCCCUUCGUCUGUCGCUUCUGCAACCGCCGCUUCAGCCAGUCGUCCACGCUCCGAAACCACGUCCGUCUGCACACCGGCGAGCGGCCCUACAAGUGUCACGUCUGUCAGAGCGCAUACUCGCAGUUGGCUGGCCUCAGGGCGCACCAGAAGAGCGCACGGCACAAACCGGCAGCGCACGCCGCCGACGUGUCAUCCCAGGUAUCCCCACCUCCACCACAGAUGACGGCCAUGUCCCACCAGCACCAGAUGCCCCUGGUGCACCACAUCCCCACAAUGGUGCUAUGAUGACAGAAACAUGGAGGGACAGUCACCCCCCCAAAAUCCACCGUGUUGCGUGAGCGUCGCGUCAUUUGCCACCGCGGCUUCAACUCCCGCAGCAACCUGCGAUCCCACAUGCGCAUCCACACUGGACAAGCCCUUCGUCUGUCGCUUCUGCAACCGCCGCUUCAGCCGGUCGUCCACGCUCCGAAACCACGUCCGGUCCGUUUCUGAAACUCUCCCUGUGGGGUUUGGAGUCGCGUGCAGGACGGACCAAAUACGCUACGCUCACGCAACGCGCCGCGAAGAACAACGUUGCACUUUAGAUUCUAGCUGUGUAGAAAGGAGAAAGGAGAUCCUGAUGAGACAGGAACCUCAUCAAGGAAACAAAUGAGUUGAUGUGAUAGUGAAAACAUCCCACAAAGACAUUUACAUGUGUUGCCUUAUUUGUAUUGUUUGUUUCUUUGGUUAUCAUGUGAUCAAAACAAGUCCAGCAGAUUUAAAUGAUUGUCUGUAAUUUGGAAG